GGCAGAGUAGGGGAAGGGGGAGCUGAGGGGUGAGCGGGGCGGCCGAGGCGGGGUCGGGUUAGGUGUUCGUUGCCGGCCCCGUGGCGGCGGGUCGCGCUGCAAGAGCCCAGGCUGUAGCGGGGGAGCGGUGCCGUGCGUGGGCCCUAGUGGGUGCCGUGGCUGGGGAGGGCAGGGCCCGGCCUCCCCUCGGACUCUCUCAUCGCCUUUUGGCGCUCGUUCGCUGCGGGAGCAUCGAUCGGUUUCUUCCGAGGGAAGAAGAGGGACGGGGGGGUAGAUGGUAGCUUCUGCGGGCAAAAGCUCCUUAUCCAAAAAGCUGCUCAUCUUAAGCAAACUGUCUGAAUAUGUUCUGAGUUCCCGGCAAGGACACAGUUAAACACGCCUUUAUUUUGCUGAUAAUGGAUGAAGAGAGCCUGGAAACAGCAAUUCAGACCUACAAUGCCCAGCUGCAGCAAGUGGAACUGGCUAUAGGGGCAGGCCUGGACCCAUCGCAGCAGUCGGACUUGAUUCAGUUGCAGGAAGAUUUAAAGCAGCUGAUAGAACUGACUGAAUCUAGUCUAGUGUCUGUUAAAAAGAGCAAACUUCUGGCUACUUUAGAUACAAAUGCUUCCUCCUCCUCCUCCCCAGCAGGUCUUGGGGAGCAGGAUGCCAACCCAGACACUUCUGCCCAAGAUGAGGAGUAUGCUGCUUUUAAGGAAGCCAUUGCUGAGCUUGGAACUGAUGAGAAGCCUUCGGCUAAUAACAAUGAGAUGUCAUCAAAGAGAGAUGAAGAAACUAAUGACAAAAAUGAAUCAAAGUUCAGUGAAGAGGAGGAGGAGUCUGACAGAGAGGAGGAGGAGUUGAGCGGGAUGAAGGUUAAAGCCCCCUACUACAGUUCUUGGGGGACCCUGGAGUAUCAUAAUGCCAUGAUUGUGGGGACAGAGGACUUAGAAGAUGGCAGUGCGGGUGUCAGAGUGCUGUACCUCUAUCCAACUCACAAGUCUCUGAAGCCGUGUCCGUUCUUCUUGGAUGACAAAUGCAGAUUUAAAGAGAACUGUCGGUUUUCGCAUGGUCAGGUGGUCUCUGUGGAAGAGCUUCAGCCCUUUCAGGAGCCCAAUCUGAGUGGGCUGGAGGUGGGCUCAGCUUGCCUGGCAAAAUACAGCGAUGGAAUAUGGUACACUGCAAAAAUAACCGAUAUCGACAGUGGUUACUAUACUGUGAAGUUUGAUUCCCUGCUGCUCAAGGAAGCCGUUGUGGAAGCAGAUAGUGUCAUCCCCCCACUGCGAAGUGAAGAUGGUGCCUCAUCUGCUGAGUCUGAUGAGGACAGCGUUGAUGAUUCUGGUUACGCUAAAGUGAUAGAUUCGGGACUUCCAGAGAAUGGGGAAUGGACUCCUGCGUGCAGUUCCUCUUUUGGCGGCUGGGAAGCCCAUACUCGGGGUAUUGGCUCCAAACUGCUUGUUCAGAUGGGGUACGAGUUUGGAAAAGGAUUAGGGAAGAAUUCUGAGGGCCGAGUGGAGCCGGUGCAGGCUGUGGUGCUUCCUCGAGGGAAGUCCCUCGAUCAGUGUGCUGAGGUGCUUCAGAAGAAGAAACAGGGGAAGCUGGACCCAGGCAAAUCAAGGAAAUGCCGAGCAAAGGGAAACAGCGCUGGGCAAUCCCCGGCGGGCAGCCGUAAGCCUUCCCGCAAUGUGUUUGACUUUUUGAAUGAGAAACUGCGAGGGAAGAGCACUGGGGAGAAGGCUGGAGGGAUGGCACUGCCAGAGAGGAACAGCAAAGAGAUCUACCAUGCUAGCAAGAGCACCAAGAAAGCCCUGAGUGUCCGCCUUUUCCAGACAAUGGAGAAGAUUGAACAAACGCAGAAAGAUAUCAAGGGAAUCCAGCAGGCCCUGGCACGCAACAUUGGAAGGCACAGCAUUGCUACAGCUCAGCUGGAGGAGAAGCUGGCUAAUGCGCACAAACAGCUGGGGCAGCUGCAGGCCCAGGAAGCCAGCCUGCAGCGGGAGCAGAAGAAAGCAGACACACAUAAGAAGAUGACUGAGUUCUAGUCUCUGAGGAAGGCAUUUGACUGCAGUGAUUGUCCUAGCCAGCCCCGGUGCUUGUGGCCUCAGAGCCUGGGCAAGCCAUCCUGCUCCUCUGGGUAGUUUUCAGGGUGCCCAGCCUGAAAACUGGGCUGAAAAGCAGCAAUUUCUAAAACUAGAUGCUUCUGAGCUCUGCUGGGAGAGGGAGGAGCACCCAUCUGUCUAGCCCUGAAAGCAUUCAGUAAGCCUGAGCCUUGUAUAAGGACUAGCUACAAGAAAUACAAUUCUCUGCUCUCUUGCACACUUCUUUCCUCUGUUAUCACUGCAGUAGCACCUCCAUCCAGAGUCUGUAGCUACUCGGGUGAUAACAGUGCUGGCUACGAACCAGCUGAGGAGGGGCUUUGAAAGCCCCACAUCCUGCCAUCAACUGUGGCUUGGGUUCGCAGCCAACUGACAAACGCAAGUCAAGGCAGGGUUCCGAGCACAUUCCGGCAAAGCAGAAGAGGCUUGUGCUAGGUGAAAACAACAAAGGCAAAUGCUGCAGCUGCUCUCUGCCUUCUGGUUUUUUGCUAUGGGAUUUAUCUGAGAACUCAGUUUUUUUGGGAGCAGUUCCUUAUAGCCCUAGUGUAAUGAAUAGAGAGAGAACUGGCAGCUUGGGUACUAGUGGCCUCAAGCAUCAGAUUUCAUCAGUUUGACUGUAAGAGUAUCCCUAGGACAUGCUAUCGCCUAACUCAUUGACUUGGCAUGGAAAGCUGCUUGGCUCCACACGUAGAGUGCCAAAGCUGGGGGAAUAAGACAGCAGAGUAACGGAUUCUCAAACCAGCUAGGAACAACUCCACAGGGAGCUUUGUGAUUUUUGCCAUCAUUGCUCAAGUUUUUCUGUCCUAGGUGGCUCUCUGAACACAGGUUCCUUUUAUUAAACAACCUCAGGACCCAGACACAGGUCAGGCUGGGGCCCCAUGAGCACAAAGACUGGGAGGUCUGUAUGUGCCCAGCAUGCAGCUCUGCCUGUGGGAGAGCUCUGGGCCAUGCUGGAAGUGGGCCCAGCAAGCGAAGUGCCCUUCCCUAUGGCAUGAAAAGUCUUUGGGCAGGAAGGAUGUUUUCUCCCCCAGGUUAUAUUCUGCGUUGGUGGCAGCCAGCCCUUGCCCCAGAGGAGAUGGUGGUUUCAUCGGACCCUGUUUCUGGUGGGACUUGUGCAUUGUAAUUGCUUUUAAAAACAAAAAUUUGUUCGCAAUUUCAUGCCAGUAUCUUACGGACACUUUUUUUUUCUUAAUUAAAGAAAUUUAUUUCCUUUUA